GAAAGCAACAUGGGUCACCAGCAGCUCUACUGGAGCCAUCUGAGAGAAUUCAGCCAGGGUUCUCGCUCCUGCCAAGUGUGCUCAAACUAUCACGCUCUCAUCUGGAAAUACGGCCUCAAUAUGUGUCAACGGUGUUUCUGCCAGUACGAUGACAUUGGCUUCAUUAAGUUGGACCAAGCUGAGGAUACUCACUUCGGAGUAUCUAUAACCAUCUGCUUUAAGACACUAAUGACAGGUGUCUUGGCCAAUGAUUUUGAUACUCAUUACAUCACUUCAAGUAUUAGUAAUUCUAAAUAUGAGAUCUCAUGA